CCUUCUCAUUCGCUAAUCGCGACUUUCCUUUCCCACUUGUGAUUAUAUCAAUUUCCUUAAUAAAUAAUCUGUAAAAAUUAAUUUGUUUGAUAAUAAUAAUAUUCAAUAGUAAAAAAAUGAGAAUAACGAAUGUGAGACGCGGCAGGAUGUUCCGUUUAGCAUCACUUUGUGCUAUAUUAUUACUUUUGAUUUACGCUGUUCAUAAGUGGUCAAGUGAAAAUUUAAGCAGUGAUAGCAACGAACCUAUUCUUUCUGAAUCAGAAGUUGGAUAUUUUAAGUUCCAUCGUGAUGUAUACCCAACUUUGAAAACAGAACUGGGAAACUUUGAACCUAGAAAUAAAAAAGUAACAAAAGGUCCCGGUGAAGAAGGGAAGCCAUACCACAUGCCUCAAGAUAGAGCUAAUGACAUAGCAGAAUCGGAGAGUGAAUAUGGCAUGAAUAUUGCUGCAUCUGAUGAUAUUUCCAUGAACAGGACGAUUCCUGAUACUCGGUUAGAAGAAUGUAAGUACUGGCAUUACCCUGAGGACCUUCCAAGUACUUCCGUUAUUAUUGUCUUCCACAAUGAGGGCUUCACUGUCCUCAUGAGAACAGUGCAUACAGUCAUUGACAGAUCUCCACCGAAUUUACUUCAUGAAGUGGUCUUGGUGGAUGAUUUCUCUGACAAAGACAAUUUAAAGGGCAAUCUGGACAACUAUAUAAAGCGGUGGAAGGGUAAAGUAAGGCUGAUAAGAAAUACUCAGAGAGAAGGGCUGAUCCGCACCAGAUCUAGAGGCGCUCAAGAAGCUACUGGUGAAGUCAUAGUGUUCCUAGACGCUCAUUGUGAAGUGAACGUUAACUGGCUUCCACCAUUGCUAGCUCCUAUAUACCGAGACUACAGAAUUAUGACGGUGCCGGUCAUCGACGGUAUUGAUCAUAGAACAUUCGAGUAUCGGCCGGUAUACCAGCACGGCACAAACUACAGAGGUAUAUUCGAGUGGGGAAUGUUGUACAAAGAAAAUGAGGUUCCCGACAGGGAGAAUUCACGUCACAAACAUAAGUCGGAGCCAUACAAAAGUCCGACCCAUGCUGGAGGACUGUUUGCUAUAAAUAGACGGUAUUUCCUAGAGAUAGGGGCCUAUGAUCCCGGACUAUUGGUGUGGGGUGGGGAAAACUUCGAGUUAAGCUUCAAGAUAUGGCAGUGCGGAGGCAGUAUUGAAUGGGUGCCUUGUUCAAGAGUUGGGCACGUGUAUAGAGCGUUCAUGCCAUACUCUUUUGGUAACUUAGCUAAGAACCGCAAAGGUUCUCUUAUUACUAUAAACUACAAGAGGGUCAUCGAGACCUGGUUUGAUGAGGAACACAAAGAGUACUUCUACACAAGGGAACCGAUGGCUCGGUUUUUGGAUAUGGGCGACAUAAGUGAGCAAAUUGCUUUGAAGAACAAAUUGAAAUGCAAAGACUUCUCUUGGUUCAUGGAAAAUGUGGCGUACGAUGUUUACGACAAAUUUCCUAAGUUACCAAAGAAUGUCCAUUGGGGCAUGGUUAAAAAUAAAGCCACUGGAGUAUGUCUAGACACAAUGGGAAAGGCUGCGCCUGCUUAUAUUGGCACCUCAUCGUGUCACGGCGCUGGAAACAGCCAACUGUUCAGGCUAAACGAGGCGGGACAGCUGGGAGUUGGUGAACGAUGCGUUGAAGCCGACUCCGAGAAUGUUAAGCAGGCAAUAUGCAGAUUAGGAACUGUGGACGGACCCUGGAGAUAUGAGGAUGAGCAUAAUCAAUUAAUCCACCGGCUGCAUGGCUACUGCCUAACCCUGCAGCCGCACUCGCGGACCUUAGGCCUCGCGCCGUGCGACCCCAACAACACUUACCAGCAAUGGACCAUAUCACACAAGAAACCAAACUGGUGAGACUGGUUCCACGUCUAGUUGGGAGAUUGCUAGUAAGAUAUUCAGUAGUGAUUCGAGAACAUUCAGAGUCUUUGACCUUUUUGUAAUGAGAAAAAAAAACGAAUUUCAAGUGUCUCUCUGUUCGGAUAGUAAGUACUACGAAAAUAAGAUACUUCAGUUUUUUCACUAAAUUAUUUAAAUGCCAUUCUUUUAUUAUUUCGAAAGUUUAUGUGUAUGUGUAUCUUUUAGAUGUGAUGAAAUCGAUUCUGAAAUAUUAUUAGCCAUGUUGAUAAUAAAGUAUUAAUAAUAAAAAAAAA